UUAACUGACAAGUUUCUGGAAAGGUGUCCACGAAUGAAUAUCGGCACGCUUUCUUUUUAAUUUCAAUUCGCUUUAGUUAUUACAAUAUUAAAUAAAAUAAUUAUCUUCUCUGUAUUUAAAAACUGAUUUGCAUAAGUUAAAACAUUAACACUUAAAAAUGAGUACGAUACUGGAGAAGAUUGCUGCUAUUGAGGCCGAGAUGGCCCGCACACAAAAAAAUAAGGCGACAGCACUUCAUUUAGGCAUAUUAAAGGCCAGAUUGGCUAAACUUAGGCGAGAACUAAUAACACCCAAAGGUGGUGGUGGUGCCACUGGUGAAGGGUUCGAUGUUGCUAAAACUGGAGAUGCCCGUAUUGGUUUUGUGGGUUUUCCAUCAGUGGGCAAGUCGACCUUGCUAUCAAAUUUAGCAGGUGUAUACUCUGAGGUGGCAGCCUACGAGUUCACAACUCUAACUACUGUACCAGGCUGCAUCAAAUAUAAAGGUGCUAAAAUUCAGCUUCUGGAUUUGCCCGGAAUCAUCGAAGGAGCUAAAGAUGGCAAAGGCAGAGGUCGGCAAGUGAUAGCUGUGGCUCGUACCUGCAGCCUCGUAUUCAUUGUGUUGGACGUGCUGAAGCCAUUGCAACACAAAAGACUAUUAGAGCAUGAAUUGGAAGGGUUUGGCUUACGGUUAAACAAGCAGCCACCAAACAUACACUUUAGAAAAAAAGACAAAGGUGGAAUCAACUUGAAUACAACUUGCCCGCAAUCAGAAUUAGACCUCGAAACAGUGAAGACGAUCCUUUCCGAAUAUAAAAUCCAUAAUGCUGACAUCACGCUCCGAUACGACGCCACCAGCGAUGACCUGAUUGAUGUCAUUGAAGGCAAUCGGAUAUAUGUACCUUGUAUUUAUCUGCUUAAUAAAAUUGAUCAAAUCAGCAUAGAAGAAUUAGACGUUAUCUACAAAAUACCUCACUGUGUCCCGAUAUCCGCUCACCACAAAUGGAAUUUUGACGACUUACUUGAAAAAAUGUGGGAGUACCUAAAACUCAUCAGGAUAUACACCAAACCCAAGGGGCAGCUACCUGAUUACAACGCUCCAGUGGUCUUGCAUGCAGACAGAACUACUAUUGAAGACUUUUGUAACAAACUCCAUAGAUCUAUUGUAAAGGAAUUUAAGUAUGCACUAGUGUGGGGAUCGUCCGUGAAACAUCAGCCCCAAAAAGUUGGCAUUGAGCAUGUCUUAGCUGAUGAAGAUGUUGUACAGAUUGUCAAGAAAGUGUAGAGAUUAGCAUAAACUUACAUGAAAAUUUUGAUUUAAAAGUAUGGCCCUAUUCACACGGCAGUUUUUACCUGGUUGAACAUAAAUGAAAUGCAUUUCAAUCACAAUAAUAUAAUUUUUAAUACUUAAUAAUAUACCAA